AUGGGUUCCCGAACAGUUGAUCUCUGGUCAGAAAUUGUAGCGGCUGAAGUGGAAGAGGAAAAUCAGCAAUCGGAGCCAGAAAUUGUGGUAUUUUAUCGGCGCCAAAAAGCAAAUAUUAACAAUCAAAAAGAUGCAGCAAGGAGGCAAUCAAACUCAAAUAGUGGGGAUGAAAAUCGACUGAGCCUAGCGCCGGUUAAGCGAAUCAGUUGGAAUCGUUCCCUUUCCACUAGAGGGAGAACAAGCAUUGCUGCCACUGCAUGUGCAGAUUAUCAGCCACAACAGAGGAUCCCUCGAAGAAAAGCUAAACCACCUCUUCCUAGAGGAAAAGCCUUACAACCUCCAAACUUUGAUAAAGAAAGGGCAUAUUUUCAAGAGGUUGAUUCCUUUGAAUUGCUUGAAGAGAGUCCCUCACCCAAGAAAUCCGGUACAUGGACUAUGGGUGUCCAAGUUGAUAAUGUUGUCAUACCACAUUUAUCUUCAGUAUUAAGGAAAUGGCUGGUUUAUAAGAAGCUAAAUCGAAGUUAUGGAUUUCCUGGCUCACUUUCUAAGAUAUUAGAAACGCCUGAAGUAUCUAAGGAUCUGGUUUAUCAUGAUGGUUUUUCGAGUUCAAUAUUGAAAACCUCAGGAAAAGAAUCUCUGCAAAUCCAUUCGAGAUCAAAUUCAAUUCAGACUAGAUUUGAUUCAAGCUCUACCAUUGGAGAUGCCACUAGAAUGCCUAUUAAGGAGGAAUGUGAAGAUAUUGAAGUUGCAGUUACUAAACUCUCUCUGACUUCAAGGCCUUCUUCAUUGGAUGGUUACCGCUGGGAUUCUUUCUCAGCUCUUUUGACAGCCUGUGGGCAGUGUGCUCCUUCAAAAUUGACAGACAUCUUAUCGAGUUACUGUGACCGAGAAAGUAUCAUCAAGGUCGGUGAAGGAACAUAUGGAGAAGCUUUCAAGGUUGGUGGAAAUGUUUGUAAAAUUGUCCCAUUUGAUGGAGAUAUACGAGUAAAUGGAGAAGUGCAGAAGAAAUCAGAAGAACUGCUUGAGGAAGUUAUCCUUUCUUGCACUCUUAAUCGCCUAAGAGGUCACGAGAGUAAUGUGGUCAAUGCCUGCACUACCUUUAUACAAACAAUAGAUUUGAGGGUGUGCCAAGGUCAUUAUGAUGCUGCUUUGAUAAGUGCAUGGGAAAACUGGGAUGGGGAGCAUGGCUCAGAAAAUGAUCAUCCUAAAGAAUUUCCAGAAAAUCAGUGUUAUGUUGUUUUUGUUCAAGAACAUGGUGGUCAGGAUCUUGAGAGCUUUGUUCUUUUAAACUUCGAUGAAGCUCGGAGUUUAUUGGUUCAGGUCACUAUUGCAUUGGCUGUAGCUGAGGCUGCAUAUGAAUUUGAACACCGAGACUUGCACUGGGGGAAUAUUCUAUUAAGUCGAAAGGGUUCAGACACACUGCAAUUUACUCUCGAGGGAAGACAAAUAAAUGUCAGAACUUUUGGAUUGCUGAUAUCCAUAAUUGAUUUUACCCUGUCAAGAAUCAACACAGGUGAAGAUAUACUCUUUCUGGACUUGUCAUCAGACCCAGAACUCUUUAAUGGCCCAAGAGGAGAUAUACAAGCUGAUACGUACAGGAAGAUGAGGGAUGUUACUGAUGAUUGUUGGGAAGGAAGUUUCCCCAAGACAAACGUGAUGUGGCUGCAGUACCUGGUAGAUAUUUUGCUAAGGAAGAAAUCCUAUGAUAAAACACACAAAGAUGAUAGGGAAUUACGUUCUCUGAAGAAGCGCCUAAACAGCUAUGGUUCGGCUAAAGAAGCAACCUUGGAUCCUUUCUUCAUUGACUUGUUUGUUUCUUGA